GGGGGCAAGGGUGAAUUCGUGCGCCAGAGAGCCGGAGUCAAACAAACAAACGCAAUACAAGACGUGGUGGAGCUGGCCGUUCAACCCAUCACGCCCAUACUAGCGGGCAAUCCCUCCUCACUCUGCAACGCCCCCGAGCGUGUGUUCCGGGUGCUGUGUGAGACCGUGGAGUGAGGAAGUGAGAGGGAGAUAGAGAGAGAGAGAGGGGAGAAAGAAAGUGAAAGAAAGAAAGAAUUAAAGAGAGGGGGGAAGGGGGAAUUGAGAGAUCAAGCGUGGGGAGAGAGAGGGGAGGGAGCGGUACCUGUUGAGCGGGGCAGCGGCUCCGGGCCGGGCAGCGAUGUGGGACCCGGCCGAGUUUGAGGGCCACUGGCGGCGGGAGUUCCCGGACAGCGAGGCGCCGCGGAUGGAGCUCCGGUCGCUGGCGGAGGUGGAGGCCGAGCUGGGCCGGUGCCGGCAGCAACUACGGCGCCGCCAGGACCAGCUCGCCCAGGAGAGGUUCAAAGUGAUUUACCUGGAGACGGCGCUGGGCCGCGGGCCGGGACCGGGACAGUCGCGACCCCGACCCCAGCCACGACCCCGGCCCAAGCCCCAGCCCCGACCCCCGGGCGGUGAAGGAGGCGCCGGCCCCUCGGUACCGCAACAAAGUUUCGGCGCCAACACUCCAAGUAUCGACCCGGAGAUACAAAGCACUGGAGAAGGGGCACAAAGUAUCGGACCUGAGACUCGAGGUAUCGGCGCUGGGGCACAAGGUAUCGGCGCUGGGGCACAAGGUACUCUGCAGACACAGAGUAUCGGUGCCAACACUCCGAGUAUCGACCCGGCCACACAAAGUACCGGAGAAGGGGCACAAACUAUCGGCGCUGGGGCACAAGGUACCGAGUCGGCGACACAAGGUAUCGGAGCCGAGAAAGAAAGUAUCGAGUCGGCGAACUCUCCAAGUAUCGACCGGGACACGCCAAGCAUCGGCGACGAGGCACCGAGUACCGGAGACGGGCCAGCGAGUACCGGAGACGGGCCAGCGAGUACCGGAGACGGUCCACCGAGCACUGGAGGCCGGCCAGCGAGUACCGGAGACGGGCCAGCGAGCACCGGAGACGGGCCAGCGAGCAUCGGAGACGGGCCACCGAGCACCGGAGACGGGCCAUCGAGCACCGGAGACCGGCCAGCGAGCACCGGAGACCGGCCAACGAGCACUGGAGACGGUCCACCGAGCACCGGAGAACGGCCAGCGAGCACCGUAGACCGGCCAGCGAGCACCGGAGACCGGCCAGCGAGCACUGGAGACGGUCCACCGAGCACCGGAGACCGGCCAGCGAGCACCGGAGACGGUCCACCGAGUACCGGAGACCGGCCACCGAGUAUGGUCCCGGGGAGCCAAGGUGUCGGCGCAGGGGAGCGGGGAGCAGCUGCUGCGGGCAGGGUGGUGACCGGGCCCGGCAUCCUGAGGCUGGAGCCGGGGCGGGAGGAUGAGAGAGACAGAGAGGGAGAGGCGCAGAGCCCGCAGCCGGCGGCCCGGAGCCCGGCUCGGCCCGUGGUCUUCCCCCGCUUCAGGCCGCUGACCAAGCACCGCGGCAAAGACGGCGGCUCCCCGGGGCUGCGGCGGCGGCAACAAGUCACUCCGUCUGUCCGCAGGGUCAGGGAGACUUCACCCAGCGACGGCAGCGACCGGGAGUACAGCUCCGACCGCGACUCCACAGGUGAGAGCUGUAGGGGUGGGUCUGUCUGUGUAACUGGGGUACAGUACCCGUGGGCAGGGUCUGUCUGUGUAACUGGGGUACAGUACCCGUGGGCAGGGUCUGUCUGUGUAACUGGGGUACAGUACCCGUGGGCAGGGUCUGUCUGUGUAACUGGGGUACAGUACCCGUGGGCAGGGUCUGUCUAUGUAACUGGGGUACAGUACCCGUGGGCAGGGUCUGUGUAACACUGGGGUACAGUACCCGUGGGCAGGGUCUGUCUGUGUAACUGGGGUACAGUACCCGUGGGCAGGGUCUGUCUAUGUAACUGGGGUACAGUACCCGUGGGCAGGGUCUGUCUGUGUAACUGGGGUACAGUACCCGUGGGCAGGGUCUGUCUAUGUAACUGGGGUACAGUACCCGUGGGCAGGGUCUGUCUGUCUAACUGGGGUACAGUACCCGUGGGCAGGGUCUGUGUAACACUGGGGUACAGUACCCGUGGGCAGGGGUCUGUGUAACACUGGGGUACAGUACCCGUGGGCAGGGUCUGUGUAACACUGGGGUACAGUACC